CGACGACGACGACAGUGAGGAGGCUGGAGCUCAUCAGAGUGACCUAAGGGAGGGAAGUGGGGACCCCUGCAGCCGAGGGUUGGACUGUGAGAGGCCGAGAGCCGCCAGUACCAUCCCUGUCACCGGGGGCUAUUGGCAGCUCCGCGCUGGGUGCUGCGGAGCGCUGAGGGAUCCGGCACCUGCCGCGGCGGCUCCCCAGGGAGUGCCCCCCCCGCACCUGCGCCUGGCCCAAGUGAGAGCGAGGAGGAGACGUUACCGUGCUCCGGGGGCUGUGCGGAGCAGCGGCCCCGCUGUCAGCUGGGGAGACCGCCUCCGCUCCAUGAGCAGGGCUCGGCUGCUGCGCUCCGUGAGGGGGGAACCGCGGCCGACGCCGGCACCAGCAUGUGGACCCCGACCGAGGAGGAGAAAUACGGCGUAGUGAUAUGCAGCUUCCGAGGAUCUAUACCACAAGGCUUAGUCUUGGAACUAGGAGAAACUGUCCAGAUCCUGGAAAAAUGUGAAGGCUGGUACAGAGGAGUUUCCAUUAAGAAGCCCAAUGUAAAGGGGAUUUUUCCUGCUAACUAUAUUCACUUGAAAAAGGCAAUCGUCAGUAACAGAGGGCAAUAUGAAACAGUAGUUCCACUUGAAGAUUCUGUAGUGACUGAAGUCACAGCAACGCUCCAGGAAUGGGCUAUCCUCUGGAAACAGUUGUAUGUGAAGCAUAAGAUAGAUCUUUUCUACAAACUGCGCCAUGUGAUGAAUGAACUCAUUGACCUGCGUAGACAGCUACUGUCAGGUCACUUGACACAGGAUCAGGUACGAGAAGUCAAGAGACACCUUACAGUGCGACUGGACUGGGGUAAUGAACAUUUGGGCCUGGAUCUAGUUCCUCGUAAGGACUUUGAGGUGGUGGAUUCAGAUCAGAUCAGCAUCUCAGAUCUUUAUAAAAUGCAUUUAUCAAGUAGGCACAGUGUCCAGCAAAGCACAACACAGGUGGAUACAAUUCGUCAGCGUCAUGGGGAAGCUUGCCGUAUGCCAGUGUCCCACCACUUCUUCGUCAGUCUAAAGAGCUUCACCUAUAAUACUAUUGGGGAGGACACAGAUGUCUUCUUUUCUUUGUAUGAUGUUCGAGAGGGCAAGCAGAUCAGUGAGCGGUUUCUGGUGAGGUUAAACAAGAACGGAGGCCCGAGGAAUCCAGAAAAGAUAGAACGGAUGUGUGGCCUUUUCACAGAUCUCAGCAGCAAGGAUAUGAAGAGAGACUUGUACAUAGUUGCACAAGUAAUUCGAAUAGGUCGCAUGCUGCUGAAUGAUUCCAAAAAGGGCCCCUCCCAUCUACAUUAUCGUCGCCCCUAUGGCUGUGCAGUAUUGAGCAUCAUGGAUGUACUUCAAUCAAUCUCUGAACUAAAGGAAGAAAAAGAUUUUGUUCUCAAAGUUUACACGUGCAACAAUGAAAAUGAAUGGUAUCAGAUCCAUGAAAACAUUAUCCGCAAGUCCAGUACCAAGUACACAGCACCCAGCUCAAACUAUGGACUUAUAAUUUCUCUACAGCUUCUUCGUGGGGACAUGGAGCAGAUUCGAAGGGAGAACCCCAUGAUCUUUAGCAGGGGGGUGUCUGUUACCAGAAAACUUGGUUUCCCUGAUGUCAUAAUGCCAGGUGAUAUACGUAAUGACUUGUACCUGACACUAGAGAAGGGGGAUUUUGAGAGAGGUGGGAAGAGUGUUCAGAAGAACAUCGAAGUGACCAUGUAUGUUCUUUAUGCAGAUGGAGAGAUCCUGAAGGACUGUAUCAGUUUAGGCUCAGGAGAGCCAAACAGAAGUGCAUACCACUCUUUUGUCCUCUACCACAGUAACAGCCCUCGUUGGGGGGAAAUUAUCAAGCUGCCCAUCCCCAUUGACAGGUUCCGUGGGUCUCACCUUCGCUUUGAGUUCAGGCAUUGCUCCACUAAAGACAAAGGAGAAAAAAAGCUUUUUGGCUUUGCAUUCACUCCUCUGAUGAGGGAUGAUGGCACUACCCUAUCGGAUGAUAUCCAUGAGCUUUAUGUUUAUAAGUGUGAUGAGAACAGCACAUUUAAUAAUCAUGCUCUGUACCUGGGGCUGCCCUGCUGCAAAGAGGACUACAACGGCUGCCCUAACAUCCCUUCGAGCCUCAUUUUCCAGCGUAGUACCAAAGAGACCUUCUCGAUCUCCACCCAACUCUCCUCCACCAAACUCACCCAAAACGUUGACUUGCUUGCCCUCUUAAAAUGGAAGGCUUACCCAGACCGUGUAAUGGAUAUCCUAGGAAGACUGAGGCAUGUCAAUGGCGAGGAAAUUGUUAAGUUCCUGCAAGAUAUUCUAGACACGUUGUUUGUGAUUUUGGAUGACAACACAGAAAAGUAUGGCCUGUUGGUCUUCCAGUCACUGGUGUUCAUCAUAAAUCUGCUACGUGACAGCAAGUAUUUCCAUUUCCGACCUGUUAUGGAUAUGUACAUUCAGAAACACUUUGCAGGAGCACUGGCUUACAAAGAACUGAUCCGAUGUUUGAAGUGGUACAUGGAUCGAUCAGCUGAGCUUGUACGGCAAGAUCAUAUCCAGGAAGCAAUGAGGGCCUUGGAAUAUCUUUUCAAGUUCAUUGUCCAAUCUCGGAUCCUUUACUCGAGAGCUACUUGUGGAAUGGAGGAGGAACAAUUUCGCUCCAGUAUCCAAGAGCUUUUCCAGUCCAUCAGAUUCGUGCUCAGCUUGGACAGCAGGAGCUCAGAGACUCUCAUCUUCACACAGGCUGCUUUACUGAAUUCCUUCCCUGCAAUCUUCGAUGAGCUAUUGCAGAUGUUCACCGUGCAGGAAGUAGCAGAGUUUGUGAGAGGAACUCUAGGAAGCAUGCCUAGUACAGUGCAUAUCGGACAGUCGAUGGAUGUAGUUAAGCUGCAAUCUAUAGCACGCACUGUGGACAGCCGCCUUUUUUCUUUCUCGGAAUCCCGGCGAAUCUUGCUCCCUGUGGUUCUUCAUCACAUUCACCUUCAUCUGAGACAGCAGAAGGAGUUACUCAUCUGCUCUGGGAUUCUCAGUAGUAUCUUCUCCAUUAUCAAGGCCAGCACCAUGGAGGCAGAUGUAGUGGAGGAGGUUGAGAUGAUGGUGGAGAGCCUCCUGGAUGUACUUUUACAAACUCUGCUUGCUAUCAUGAGUAAAUCGCAGUCUCAGGAGGCGGUAAGAGGGCAGCGUUGCCCGCAGUGCACAGCUGAAAUCACUGGAGAGUAUGUGUCCUGUCUCUUGUCUCUGCUUCGUCAGAUGUCAGAUGCUCAUUUUCAACAUUUACUGGACAACUUCCAGAGCAAGGAUGAGCUAAAGGAGUUCCUGCUGAAGAUUUUCUGUGUGUUUCGAAACCUGAUGAAGAUGAGUGUUUUUCCUCGGGACUGGAUGGUGAUGAGGUUGCUCACCAGCAAUAUCAUAGUUACGACAGUCCAGUACCUGUCCUCUGCCCUGCACAAGAACUUCACAGAAACAGACUUUGAUUUUAAGGUGUGGAACUCCUAUUUCAGCUUGGCAGUUCUGUUUAUAAACCAGCCAAGCCUGCAGCUAGAAACUGUCACUCCAGCUAAGAGAAAGAAGAUUCUGGACAAAUAUGGUGACAUGCGAGUGAUGAUGGCAUAUGAGUUAUUCAGCAUGUGGCAGAACCUGGGUGAACAUAAAAUUCACUUUAUCCCGGGAAUGAUUGGCCCCUUUCUUGGUGUCACACUGGUCCCACAGACAGAGGUCCGCAACAUCAUGAUCCCCAUCUUUCAUGACAUGAUGGACUGGGAGCAGAGGAAAAAUGGCAACUUCAAACAGGUGGAAGCUGAAUUGAUUGAUAAGCUGGACAGCUUGGUAUCAGAAGGAAAAGGAGAUGAGAACUACAGGGAGCUCUUCAGUCUACUAACCCAGCUCUUUGGGCCCUACCCCAGCCUGCUGGAGAAGAUUGAACAAGAGACGUGGCGGGAGACUGGCGUCUCUUUUGUUACAUCAGUUACUCGCCUCAUGGAGCGUCUCCUUGACUACAGAGACUGCAUGAAAGGAGAUGAAACAGAAAACAAGAAGAUUGGCUGCACUGUUAACCUGAUGAACUUUUAUAAAUCUGAAAUUAACAAGGAAGAGAUGUAUAUCCGCUACAUCCACAAGCUGUGUGACAUGCACUUACAGGCUGAGAACUACACUGAGGCUGCAUUUACAUUGCUUCUGUACUGUGAGCUACUUCAGUGGGAAGACAGACCUCUGCGAGAGUUCUUGCACUACCCAUCACAGACAGAGUGGCAACGUAAGGAGGGGCUAUGCCGGAAGAUUAUCCACUACUUCAACAAAGGGAAGAGCUGGGAGUUUGGAAUCCCACUGUGCAGAGAGCUGGCCAUUCAGUAUGAAAGUCUGUACGAUUAUCAAAGCCUCAGCUGGAUUCGGAAAAUGGAAGCUACCUAUUAUGAUAACAUCAUGGAACAGCAGCGCUUGGAACCUGAGUUUUUCAGAGUUGGUUUUUAUGGCCGGAAAUUCCCCUUCUUCCUUCGGAACAAGGAGUAUGUAUGUCGAGGCCAUGACUAUGAAAGGCUGGAGACCUUCCAGCAAAGAAUGCUGAGUGAGUUCCCACAAGCCAUUGCAAUGCAGCACCCAAACCAUCCAGAUGACACCAUUUUGCAAUGUGAUGCUCAGUAUUUACAGAUAUAUGCAGUAACUCCCAUCCCAGAUAAUAUUGAUGUGCUACAAAUGGAACGUGUGCCUGAUCGUAUAAAGAGCUUUUAUCGUGUCAACAACAUCAGGAAAUUCCGCUAUGAUAGGCCUUUCCAUAAAGGUCCAAAGGACAAAGAGAAUGAAUUUAAGAGCUUGUGGAUUGAACGUACCACUCUGACACUGACUCACAGUUUACCUGGGAUCUCCCGGUGGUUUGAAGUGGAGAGAAGAGAGCUGGUCGAGGUGAGCCCCUUGGAAAAUGCCAUUCAAGUUGUUGAGAACAAAAACCAGGAGCUGAGGACAUUAAUAAGCCAGUAUCAGCACAAGCAAAUGCAUGGCAAUAUUAACCUGCUCAGCAUGUGUCUGAAUGGAGUGAUUGAUGCAGCAGUGAAUGGUGGCAUAGCACGGUACCAGGAGGCCUUUUUUGAUAAAGAUUAUAUCACCAAGCACCCUGGAGAUGCAGAAAAAAUCACACAGCUCAAGGAGCUCAUGCAGGAACAGGUGCAUGUUCUUGGAGUGGGUCUGGCAGUACAUGAGAAAUUUGUACAUCCAGAGAUGCGUCCUCUACAUAAGAAACUGAUUGAUCAGUUCCAAAUGAUGCAGUCUAGUCUGUACCAUGAGUUGCCUGGUUUGGAUAAAUUGAGUCCAGCCUGUUCUGGUACCAGCACCCCACGCAGCAGUGUUCUUGUGUCACACGGCCCGAUGAGUCCAGAGAGCAUCAAGCUGGUACAUCGACACAGCCCAUUGAACUUGCUCGGUUCAGUCAGACACUCGUCAUCGUCUCUUUCCUCCCAUACUUCCAGUGAAACAGGAAACCUGGUUAUCCUAACAGAGAGUUCUGUAGGGGAGACCGCUGAGGAUAUGUACCGCAUGCAGCUUGUUUACCCCAUCUCCAGGUACCAAGGCUCAGUCACCAACGUCUCUGUUUUAUCCUCGUCCCAGGCCAGUCCUUCCACUUCAAGCCUGAGCUCUACCCACUCUGCACCAUCCCAGAUGAUUAACUCUGCCCCUUCCAGUGCACGAGUGCUGGUGAAAGGUGCUGGAUUGACAACACUGGAGGCUGAAGCCCUCUAUUUAUCCACAGAACAGAUGCAGCACGGGCGGCAGCAGUGCAAGCUUCCCCACACUGCCCCCACCAAUGUGCCUCAUCUCUGUCCUGGAGGGACCACCUCUAGAGGCUCUCCCUCUCUACCAGAUAAGUACCGCCACACUCGGGAGCCGAUGAUGAUGCUGCCAACCCACCGGGACCGACCAAGCAGUGCCCUGUAUCCUGCAGCUAUCAUGGAAAAUGGACAGCCUCCAAAUAUUCAGCGCGCCUUGAUCCAGCAAGUGAUCGGACCAUGCAAACCUUGCAGUGAUCCCAAUCUAUCUGUUGCUGAGAAAGCUGUGCCAGCAGCGCCCAGCAGUUGGAGCCUAGACAGCGGAACCAGAGAGGCCCUGCCAUUCCUGUCUGCCCACGUUGGGAGCAUCUUGGCCCCACCAGUACCUCCCCGAAGCCUACCCCAUGGUCACUACUCACUGCACUUUGAUGCCUUCCACCACCAGCUCAGUGAUGCUCCUCCAGCACUGCCUGCGCGGACAUUGCGCAAGUCUCCUCUUCAUCCAAUUCCUGCAUCACCCACAAGUCCCCAGUCUGGCUUGGAUGGAAGUAACUCCACUCUGUCAGGCAGUGCCAGCAGUGGUGUGUCCUCCUUAAGUGAGAGUAACUUUGGACACUCAUCUGAGCCCCCUCCUCGCACAGACACCAUGGAUUCUGUCCCUAGCCAGGCCUGGAAUACUGAUGAAGACUUAGAGACACCCUAUCUCCCUGUCAGGUACAGUCUCUCUGAACCUGAUGUUCUGGAGUCACUCAAAUCCCAGCCAUGUCGAAGCCACUCUGCUCCAUCUGGAGUCAUUCCUCAGGACACUAUGGACCCUCCAGCUCUCCCCCCAAAACCAUACCAUGCUCGGCUCCCAAACAUGGAGAAUGAAGAGGAAAUGAUGUUGAUGAUGGAAGAGGAAGACAAACACCGGCCACUGCAUCGCAAAGUCUCCCAACCAGCUAGUGGUGGAAAGGAGGAGCAGGCCAGGGUAGCAUGGGAGCAUGGCAUCAGUGAGCAGUAAGCAGGACUACCUAGAAAGAAGCUUGUGUAGUAAUAGUAAUUCCAGGUCUGACCAGAAGAAAGAUGUAAAAGUUCAGGACUCAGAGGAGAGAACAGUGAUCCAAUUCUUUACUUUCUACUGCCAUGAGUUAAUGUCCAGAGCCCAUACAAAGCUUGGGCUGGCAUGUGAGGUUGCUGCUUUCCUUUUUAUUGCAUUUUAUACUUUUUGAUUUUAUGUUAUUUUUAAUUAUUAUUUUUUGUGUGCAGUGGGUGCUUUAUUCCUUCUGCAGUUUAUCCGACCACACAAAGUGGCAUGUAAGCUGUUAGCCAUAGAGACUUGCAGAAACUGAAAAAAACUGGAAUAUUGAAGAGGGGGUGUGGCGAAUUGUUUUAAAAAGCUUUCCUCCCAGUUUUGAGACGCACACAAGUAGAAGCAGUUGCACUAGGGACAUGUUUCUUUGCUGCAUAGAAGUGAAAGCUCAUUGCUGAAUUCAGGGAUUCCAUGAACUGUCAGGCUGGAAGGUGCAUUCUCUGCAGGCAAUGGAAACUUGGCUGUUCUAUGAAGAAACUGUCUCUUUCAGGUGUGUGAUCAUAAACAGCUUUAUAGUAGUCUACUGCAUUGACUCAAUUGUGAUGAAAUGAUCUUACCAGUGCUGACAGGCUUCCAUAUUGAUUUUUGACGUAUCAUUUCAAAUAAACUCUGCAGCCUUUGGUUUUUCAUGGACAUGUACUUUGGUUUUUCAUGUUUUUGUUAAGUAAUUUCAUUUUUUUACUGGGUAAACCAGCCUGCUUUUCCAUUGGAGUCAUAGUCCAUAUCCACCUUUACUGCAGAGUAAGAAAGAGUUAUGUAGCCUUUAGGGCUGCAACCCAAUUCUGAGCCUUUUCCCAUGCCUAGCUCUGGGCAAAUAGUUGUACAGUCAAGGAACCAGUUGAGUGGCUCGUUCCACAACUGCUUGAUGACUCAGCAAAUAAGAAGAGACGGCUUGAAUGCAUCAUAUCCAGGCCUUGCCUCAGGAUUGAAAGUCUGCACAAUCCACACCAACAUCCAUUAACUGUGUUUGUUACUGUAAUAUCUUAUGUGCCCUUCUGAUACGUUUCACUGCUGCUCAAUGCCUCCAUCUCUCCCUUCGAAUAGGAAACCCUAUAAGCUGCAAGAAAGGCCCAGUGUGUAGUGUGCACUCCAGCUUCAGGGAUUUUAAAGAUGAACUGUCAGGGGAAAGGGGGGAGACGUUUAUUCCCUUUUUUUGCUUCUUUAUGGUGUGUAAAGAAAGUUUGAAAAGUUUUUCUUGUUUUAUUGUAAGGAUUUUUUUCCUCUGUUUUUUACAUUGCACAAAUUUCCAGUCUCGACUUCCCUUUUUUGCUGGCAGACUCUGUGAAGAACUGUAGAAUUUAGUGCAAUUAUGAUAUGACACAAAACAAGAGAUUGAGACCAGAGCAGUGGAAUGGGGAAGGGAAUUUUAGUCAGACUGUUUUAAGUUCUAGGGUUUUUUGUUUUCUUUGUUUAACACCUGCUUAGUACCUGACAAAUGGGAGAAGAACUUUGUUGGUGAAAGAUCCAAUAAACCUGCCAUUUUAUCAGAGGGCUGAGAAAUUUCCCAGUUCUCAAGUCUUUUGAGAAAUCUUCCAGCAAAAAUAGGGAAGAAAAUAUCCAUCUAUUCUGUUUCCUAUAUAUCAUAAAUAUUAUAAAGAAGCAAAAAAGGAAACUUUUUUUUCCCUUUGCAAGUCACCUUUAGCACUACCUCUAUGCAAAGUGACUGAUCAAAUACACCAUUUCCAAAUUCUCCUGAAAACGAUAAUCUGUAUCAAGUUUGGACUCAGGUGGCAAUUGUAUAGAGUGGGUGUUGAGAUUGUUCAUUUAUUCUUUCUCAAACUCUAGCCCAUGCAAAAGAAAUAUUGUUCUGGUUUUGUUUCUUAACUGGCCUGCCUAGCUAGAAAAAGAUCUGUCCCAUUUCCUUUACCUUUCCUAGAGCAGGACACCUGGAAUCAUUGUAUCCUUCACCAUUGAAACACAGGUGUUAAAAUCUGGUCCACAAUGGGCAUUUCCUCUCUAGCAUAAACGUCAAGGCAGGUCUGAGUAGAAAUGAAAAAUGGUGAAGCUCUUAAGAGCCAGUCUCAGCUGGUGUAAAUCAGUGUCACUCCAUUGAAAUGAAUGGAAUAUUCUGAUCUACACCUCUGAGAAUGUAGCCCAGGAUCUUCAUAUGAAACUUUAUUAGAACAAGACACUUAUUUUCCUUUUUUGGUAGAAGGGUUAAACAUUAUUGUAUCUGGAAAUGUGAGCUCUCCUUUAGAGCAAAAAAUAAGGUGUCUGCGCAUAAAGCUUUGUGAGUAAGUUGGAGUUAACAUUCAAGUUAGUCUAAACAUCCAGCUAGAGGGACUGACUAGAGCUAACUGCUAACCAGAGUUUUAAGGGAUUCCCUAAGGCAUAUCAUGCUGUGCUGAUUGGAAGGAUAGUGUCUGGCAUGGAGACACCCAGCUUUGAUGUGUGAUUUUAUUUUCUUUUUUUGGUAAAGGCUUUUUCUAAAAGUUAGAUGAUCAGUUAGCUUUUAUAAACAGAUGUCAGCCAAUUUUACAGCGGGUCCAUAGCCACCAAGUUUCAUGAAGGAGCAAAUUCAAUUAACACAAACAUAUUAGAUUUGAAUCUCCAAGGAGUUAUUCAGAACCAUGGUCAAAUUGUUGCAAAAUAUUUUGUAUUCUUUUAAAAUGCCUAAUUUCAGAGGGCAGUUGGGGGGUUGGGUGGGAAGAGAAGGAGGUAGGGGACAUUUUAUUGUAAUUAAGACCUGGAUGUGAAACUCAUACUACUCUCUGGGGCAAGUAUGCUUGGCCAAUAGCAGCAUGAAAAUUAAAGCCAAAUUCAGCCCUGGGGUAAGUGGGCACAACUACAUUUUCUGAAUUAGGGCUGAAUUUGGCCACCAGGGUUCGUUGCUGUGCUCUAUGUAAUUAUAGUAAAUAGACAUAAUUUACAAGGAACAUGGUCAUUCCAAACUCAUGUACCAAGUUUGAAAUGGAAGAUACUUCUUUUGGGUUCUUGGGCCACCACUUCUCUCCUGAAUGCACGGGCUAUUAAACUUUCCACCAUUGAUGUUUACACACUCUGUCUGGAGAAAAAGGAAUGGGCAGAGGCAAUGAUGGAGGUGAAGCAAUGAGAAGAAUUGCAUUAAUCUGCCACAUUAGUUGCUGAUUGGCUGGAAGAAUGUUUUGACUAUGUUGCUAGGUGCAAGACCACAAGAUUUUUUCCUCUUUUUUUGGUUUCUUUUGUUUAACCUUUAUUUCCCCCUUUGCGUGGGGAAGGGGUUACUACAUAUCCAUCGGGGGGAGAGAGAGCAACCAAAUUGGAAAGGCUGUAGCUCAGAAGCAGAAAAAAAGUGUGAUAUUUAACUUUUCCUUCCAUCGUGCUCUUUUUGUAUAUAUCCCAUUUGAAUGCUGUGUAUUUGUACAGGAAAUUGAGCAAAAAAUGUAUAGAUCGUGCUGUCUGACUGGUACUCUGCCCUGUAAAUGUGUUUUUAACCUCUGGCAUUCUGUGCUUAUUUAAAAAAGGCAAAAACCUCUAACCACUUCUCUUUUGUGUAUUCAUGUUUAAAAAAUUUUUUUAAAAAGCUCUCAACUAUAAUGGAAAGCAAACGUAAAAGAAAAAAAAGAAUUUGAACAAAUGUCCUAAAGGUAUUUCAUUGUAUAUAUUGUGAUAGCAUGUUUCCAGAACCAACAAAUAAGUGGUGUGAAUUUUAGAUGUAAAUAUCUGCUGGGUUUUUUUUCCUUCCCCAUUCACUCGACUGCUGUGAUGUGGAAUUAAAGAUUAA